AUGAGUUGGUGGGAAACUGGAUACUGCCCUGCUUUGCUUGGGGGUGACAAGCUUAGGGAGAAAGAUGUGACUGGUGUUGCCAUGGAUAAGACGAUCAUUGAGGUUCAGGGCUAUGACAUGGUCAAAACACUCAGUAAGGAUGCACGGGAGUGGCGUGACACCAGCACCAUGCUUGUCUUCCCCUUGAGUGGUGCUAACAUCACAUCUCGCCAUGGGUCCGGGUCUCGCAAGCCCGACGCUGUCUUGAUGAAGCAGGCACCUCACACGGACACCUUUCAGUGGGCCAACUUCAUCUCUGUGAUGGAAAUCAAGUACCACGAUAACUCAAAGCUCAACAGCAAUACGAUCAGCUACAUGGGCGAAAUUGCACAUUUUGUUCUGACCAACCAAAUCAAUUGA